CAGCCUCCGUCGCCAGUUGAGGUCGUUUUACCGCAACCGCCUGUAGUCGCUGAUUCUGAAUCGGCAGAAGUAGACGUCACUGAAACGAUCGUUCUGCCCAAGAAGACUGACAAACUGGAUUUCACCAGAAGAUGGCUUCACGACGAUCUGUCGUCGUUGGCCUUCCAACCACCUGCGCCGAUAAUGUUCUUCCCCGAACCGUGUUCGUAUUACAACGACGCGGACGAGCACUCAUUGGGCAGCUGCUCCGCCGAGGUGGCCGCGAUUAAUUCGCCCGGAAGAAAAGAGAAACCGAAACGAAGCAAUGGUAUCGCGGUCGUUGCCUCUCUGGAGAAACCGGCACCAAUUCGUCCACAGCCAUGUCGUCCUCAGCCUGUCUAUGGCACGCAAGAAAGGGCAAAUGGGCCACGACAUUUCCCUGUGGAACUCGAGGUGCCAAACAUACCCCGUGUGGCUUCAUAUGAUCAUGAGCCCUAUCAGGCACAAGGAAGCGUGCCACCAGAGGACGUGAUGAGGCCGUCACCGUCCGCCUUCCAAACCGUGUCCAACUUUUCCGGACGUGGCGGAAAUAUGAGAGGAUCCUUGAGAUCACUUCCUGAUGCCGGUCUAAUCAUCCGCGGUAGGUACCAACAGCAACCGUCACCCAUGAAGGAUCCAUGUUUGGCUAUUGAUCAGUUGUGUGCCGAGUUGGAGCUCAACACUGAACAG